AUGGAUUAUUCAAUAAAUAUGGAUUCCAAUGUAAUGUACAGUGUUAAUUACGAAUACGAGAAUGAUCUCAACUCACUCAGCGAGAGUGAACUUGUACCGCAAUGCUAUUUACUUUUGGGGCAGGUUCAAAAUGGUAAAGACAUCACCAUUAGUCGAAACAUCAAAAUACCGAUAACUCUAGAAGCUGUUACAUCAGAGUUUGGUUUCGAUGACAAAAAUCUAGAAAUGAAAAUUGAGUUAAUCAGAGUAACUGAACCAAAUUUAGAUGUGAUAGGAUUACUGUUAGUAAAUCCCAAAGUUUUUGAUUAUGAUUCAAUUAUGCAUAGAUUGAUGGAAAGAAUAGUAAUCCUUUUCAGAUAUGAAGCUGAUAAUAAACUUGAAUGUUAUGUCAAAAUGAUCAAUGAUUUUAAACUCGUUGACUUCCAGUAUAAAUUCAAUUCUGUGCAAGUAAUGAAUUCCAAAGAAGACAAAAAAGGUGGCAAUAUAAGCACCUACGAAAAACAUCAAUUAGAAGAAACAAACUAUAGAAAUGUUGUUGAAAAGUUAAUCAUUAGGAUAAAUACUACUCUAAACUAUUUACAAAAAAGUGAGGAACCGAAUGACCUAAUAUUAAGGAAAAUAUCAAUGAUAAUCAGUGGCUUGAAGAGACCAGUAACUGAAGAUAUUGAAAAGGAAAUCAUAAAUCAUGAAAAUGAGAUAAAAUUAUUGGAGAUUGUAUUAAAUCAAUGGGAAAUGACUGUAUCAGAUUAA